AUUUUACAAACCAUGCAGACUGAUCUGGUUGGGCAUGACACACAAAUAAUAUUAUCUAUAACCACUGGCUGAUUCAUUUGUUUGCUUACGUCAUUUGUAGAUUGGAAAAUGCGACAAGUGCCAGCGUAUGGAGACAAUUAAAACUGUAGCACCAACAUACCAUCCAAUCAAAGUUAAAGGACCUUGGGAAUUCAUUGGAGUUGAUCUCAUGGGAAAGUUUCCAAUGACAGCAGCUGGAUAUCAGUACAUACUAACAGCAACAGACUAUUUCACAAAAUGGGUGGAAGCAUUUCCACUACAAGAUAAAUCUGCAUUUGGACAGGUUAUGUCACAUAUUUUACAAUUAAGUGCAGUAAAGCAUUAUAAUUAAAAUACAUUAACAUUUUCAGGUACUGUUUCAUAAUAAGUUAUGACCUGUCCAACAACCAUAAUCAAUUGCUAUAUUUAUUGUUAUGCAUACAUAUCUCUGUAUUUGCAUGCAUUUGGAUGCAUGGUGUUAAUAGUGUUAGCUUAUUUAUUUAUGUUAGUAAUUAUGAACAAUUUGUGUUUGUUGACCGUACAUGUGUUUUACUUUUCUCAAAGGCAUCGUGUUCCGAAGAAAGUAUUGACAGAUCAAGGCAGAGAAUUUGUAAACGAGGUAAAUGAACAUUUGUCACAAAUUUUUGGCAUUACGCACAAAAUAACUGCAGCCUACCACCCACAGACCAAUGGUUUAGACGAACGAACCAAUGGGACUCUGAAACGUGCUCUAAGCAAGCUAGUCAAUGAACACCAGAAUGACUGGGAUGUCUACUUAGACCCAGUGUUGUUUGGCUUGCGAACAAGUGUUCAAGAAAGUUCAAAGUACACACCUUUCUUUCUUAUGUAUAAUCGAAAAGCUCGUCUACCAGUUCAACUAGACCAUUUAGAAGAAGAAGAAAUCGAGAACAAUAGUUCUCAUGAAUUUGAUGAAGAAGAACAUUUGAAGAGAGUUGAAAACAUGAAAAGUGUUCAUCAACAGGUUUUAGAAAACCUUGCAAAAGCACAAGAAAAACAAAAGAAAAUUUAUCUGAAGAAAGCAAACAAACGUGGUGUGAAGUCUUUCAUCUUUUCUGUCGGCAAUUUAGUCUUGAAAAGAAAUACGAACAAAAUAAGCAGAAAAGGAGAUCGGCUCCAAAAAGUUGUGUUGAGAUGUAAAGUUCACGUAUUCCACCUCAAGCCAUAUCACAAACAGGACAGUAAUGAAGACCAUAGCACAGAAAAGAAUGCAACUGACUUGGAAGAUGACGUAGUGCCGUCAAGAAAAAGACCUCGACAAGAAUCAAAAGAAGAUUUGCAAGCACCAGAAAUGAAUGAAACAAAACGGGUUAAACAGAGUCUGGAAAAGAAAGGCAGCUGUAAGUCAUUUGGUGAACAACAGCAACAUCAACAACAAGAACAACAACAGAUGCAACAACAACAGACACAACAACAACAGACACAACAGCAACUACAAAAACAACAGACACAACAACAACUACAGCAACAGGAGAAGAAGAGAGAACAGCAACCACAGCCAAAGCUGCAGUGCAAUUUGGAUAUUCUAAAAAGAUAUGGUGAAUGGCUUGAUGAUACCAUCAUCAAUGCAGCACAGCAGUUGCUGAAGCAACAGUUUUCAGGGGAAAAAGGCUUUCAAAACACGCUGUUAUCGCAACGACUGCAAUUCGAAGUUGCCACUCACAAUUCUAUUCAGAUACACCAUGUCCACAAUUACUGGCUAACAACAUCAAGUGAUGAGGAGGGAAAUGUUCAUAUAUAUGAUAGUUUAGCUCGAUAUAAACUGUCAGGGCAACUGAAGCAACAGAUUGCUUCAAUAUAUCGAACCGAUCAGACAGAAAUGAAAGUCUCUGUUGAAGCAGUCCAACAGCAAAAAGGACCAAGCGACUGUGGUCUUUUUGCAGUAGCGCUUGCAUUUGACAUUGCAGCUGGAGUUGACCCACAAAAUAUAAACUACAUCCAAGCAGAGAUGAGGGAGCACCUAUUGUCUUGUUUAUGUAAAGGAAAUAUAACUCCUUUUCCAAGGUAUUUUGGCAAGACAGCAUCUGUCCGAAAGUGUAAACCCUCCGUAGUUCGAUUCCGUGUAUAUUGUAUAUGCAGGCAAACUGAGUGUUUUGGACAGCAAAUGGUACAAUGUGAUAAUUGCCAAGAAUGGUAUCACUUUAAGUGUGUUGCUUACAACAAACAUGGGGAGAUAUUUUACUGCCCAAAUUGUAGAGAAUAGCUCAUAUGAACAGUUCUGCUGCUUAUCUAGUUAUGGAAAUAGUGAGUCUAGUUAUGAAAAUUGUUG